GGUGCCAAGAUCAAUGGCCAAUUGCACUCAUUUAGAGUUUCUUAGCCUUGGAAACAAUCAGCUGAGUGACAUCUUUCCAUCUUGGUUAGGGGCACUUCCAGCUCUACAGUAUCUCAGUUUGAGGUCCAAUGGUUUUCAUGGCAUGAUUGGGAAGCCUGCAACAAACCAUGAGUUCCCAAAGUUGUGCAUCAUUGAUUUAUCUAACAAUGGUUUUUCAGGUAAGUUGCCCUCCAACUACUUAGACAACUGGAAUUCCAUGAAAUUUGUUGACGAUGAGAAUCACCAAAUUUAUUUUCGAGUCUCUCCGACGUCAAAGAGGUCAAAUACAUAUGCAGACUCUUAUGAUGUUCCAUACUCGAUCACGACUACUGCAAAAGGUGUUGAGUUGAAAUAUGAUGCGACCCCUUAUCAGCUUAGGUUGAUAGAUUUCUCAAGUAAUAGAUUUGAAGGAGAGAUUCCAGCAGGUAUCAUUGGGAAUCUAAGAGCCCUUCACUCGCUUAACCUUUCCAACAACGCUCUCACUGGUCAGAUCCCCUCAUCUUUAGGGAACUUGACUGCUCUUGAAUCGUUGGAUCUCUCCCAGAAUCAGCUCUCAGGAAGGAUCCCCGGUAAUUUGGCACAACUCAAUUUCCUUGCAUAUUUCAAUGUCUCCCAUAACCAUCUUUGGGGGCCUAUACCACUUGGCCAACAAUUUGGUACAUUCCUAGAAGAUUCAUACCAAGGAAACUCAGGUCUGUGUGGAAAGCCAUUGUCAAAGAAAUGUGAUAGCUCAAUAUCGCCACCACCAUCAAUCUUUGAAGAAGAUGAAGAUUCCGGGUUUCAAAUUGCACUAGAUUGGUAUGUGGUUCUGCCAGGAGUUGUUAGUGGUCUAAUAGUUGGAGUGGUUGCUGGGAACUUUUGGACAAGCAAGAAUCAUGAAUGGUUUUUAGAGAAAUUUAGCAGGAAGAGGCAACCAAGAGGCACACGGGGGAGGAGAGGACAGAGAAACUAAGUACUUAUUUAAAAUCCAUGUUUAUAUUGCAGCUGCUGCUGUUGUUGUUUAGAAUUCUUGUAUGGGGUCUGGUGCAUUCUGUUUUAUUACAAUAUGGGUAGUGGUGUAAUUUGCUUGUAUUAAUUUG